AGACCACAACACCAAGUCCCACAUAAUAUAACAACGUGGGAUUUCUCAAAAAGCUUGGAAUUACAAGUCCACAUAGACCACAAGAGAGAGUGAGAGAGAAGUUAAAAAAACAGAAAAUGAAGAAAGAAAAGUUGGUAUUUAUGAUAGCUUUUGCGGUGUUGGCUGCUUCAUGUGCAGGUUCUUGUAAUGAUCAGCAGCUGAAGUGGAGGAAAUGGGGGCCUUCAAGUAGCAGCCCAUCAUCAAUCAAUAGACUUGGCUCAUCAAUCAUAUUCCCACUCUAUGGGAACGUUUAUCCCAAUGGGUUUUAUUUUGUUCAAGUUUAUCUGGGAUAUCCUCCAAAGCCGUACUUUCUUGAUCCUGAUACAGGCAGUGAUCUCACUUGGCUUCAAUGUGAUGCCCCGUGUGUUCGUUGCACUACGGGGUUUCACCCGCUUUAUCGACCAAGCAACGAGCUCGUUAUCUGUAAAGAUCCCCUCUGUGCUUCUCUCCACUCCCAAGAUUAUAAUUGUGACAACCCAGAACAAUGCGAUUAUGAAGUUGAGUAUGCAGACGGAGGUUCAUCCCUUGGAGUUUUGGUCAAUGAUUUCUUUACUCUGAACCUCACCAGUGGAGUUCGCAUGAGUCCUCGUCUGACUAUCGGGUGUGGCUAUGAUCAGCUACCUGGAGCAUCCGAUCACCCCUUGGAUGGAGUUCUUGGCCUUGGAAAAGGGAAAUCAAGCAUUGUUUCACAACUUCGUGAACAGGGAGUAAUGAAGAAUGUCAUCGGCCACUGUUUAAGUGGGCAGGGAGGGUUCCUUUUCUUUGGAGAAGAUGUUUAUGAUUCUUCACGCGUAACAUGGACAUCAAUGGCACGGGAUUACACAAAGCACUACGCAGCUGGAUCUGCAGAACUUCGUUUUGGUGGGAAAAGCACAGGAUUCAAGAACCUUAAUGUAAUUUUCGACAGUGGGAGCUCUUACACGUACUUCAGUUCUCACAUUUACCACACUCUUCUUUCUUUGAUAAACAAAGAACUAAGAAGGACGUCCCUGAGAGAAGCAACGGAUGAUCACACCCUUCCAUUCUGCUGGAAAGGCAAGAAACCUUUCAAGAGCACACGUGAUGUCAGGAAAUACUUCAAACCUCUAUCGUUGAGCUUUCCCAAUGGUUGGAGAGCUAAAGCUCAGUUCGAAAUUCCUCCUGAAGGAUAUCUCAUAAUCUCAUCAAAGGGCAACGCGUGUUUGGGAAUUCUAAACGGCACUGAUGUGGGAUUGAGCAAUUUCAACAUGAUUGGAGAUAUAUCGAUGCAGGAUAAAAUGUUGAUCUAUGAUAAUGAGAAGCAUGUAAUAGGAUGGACACCUGCCAAUUGUGACCAGCGCCCCACGUCCAAUUCUGUUGCCAAAUAAUCAGCAUGAUAUAGAUAUUAUUUUUCAUGUGAUCUCUGUGAAUAUAUAUAAAUAUAUUAAUUCAGUAAACUGAACAAGAACUGUAGCCCGUUUAUAUUCACCACUUGAAUCUUGUGGUGCAGUUCGACCGAUGUGCUUGAUAUAAUGUAUCAUGAGUGCUUCUCUAUUAAAUCCACCAAACUAUUGAGUAUAGUAGGUUUGAGGUUUUAGUCAUAAGGGACAGGAAUAUAUAAAACAGUGUCCCAAUACCUCGCCAAACGAAAAUCUGUUUACCGAUGGCUUGUUCUUGACAAAUAGAGAAAUUUCAAUCCCAGGGAAUGGGAAAGCUAACUAUGGAACAUGUUAUUGCACGUUGUUUUGUCAUGUUAAACUUGCCAUUCUGGUCAAGAAACUUUGGACUUCCAUUAAAAACAAUUUCUGGAUAGAGUUGCAGACCAAGGUUUUAGUACAGUAGUAUAUUUACAAAGGAAUCAAGUGAAACAACAAAUCUUAUUGUCUAGUCUCGUGCAUGAAUGCUACAUCCUAACCAUACAACAGAAAGAACGAACAAAUCCAAGACAUUGUAAGGUUCUAACCAUUACAAGAAUGCCCUACUUGUUGCGCUUGCAGAUAUAAACUCAGUUUCACUCUAAUCCAGCCAUUCUCUGCUGUUCGAUCU